AUGGUCGUCUCAGAAGAACAAGAUGGCAAGACUGAUGAUGAUCCCAGUUUGGCUCGGGGUCAAGUUCCCAGUGUGGGGUCAAGUUCCAGACAUGGAGGAACUGAGACAGUUCAACAACGGGUGAUUGUGGACAUGAGAGAGUUCAGAAGUGAGUUACCUUCCCUGAUUCACCGUCGUGGUAUCGAGAUUGAGCCUGUCACGAUAGAGGUUGGAGACUACAUUUUGACACCUGACAUUUGUGUGGAACGUAAGAGUGUCAGCGAUCUGAUUGGCUCCUUGAACAACGGCCGCCUCUACCAGCAAGCCUUGUCCAUGUGCAGGUUUUACAAGAGACCUGUCUUGUUGAUUGAGUUUGAUGUCAACAAACCGUUCUCCUUGCAGGCCAAAGCUACUUUAAGUGGGGAUGUAUCAUUGCAAGAUGUCACAUCCAAACUGGCAAUGUUGACAAUGCACUUCCCAAAACUGCGACUGAUAUGGUGCCCCUCUCCGUACGCCACAGCCGAGCUGUUUGAAGAACUUAAAGCCGGACGCCCCCAACCCAGUGCUGAGAUGGCGAUGACUGUGACAGCGGCUGUAUCUGACAUGCCAGAUUGGAAUGACAAGUAUAGUCAUGGGCCACAGGAUUUUGUUUUGAGAAUGCCAGGGAUCAACUCCAGAAACUUCCGCCUCAUCCUCAACAAAUUCCAAAACCUGUACGAGGUCUCCCAGGCCAGCCUGGAUAGCCUGACCCAGGUCCUGGGCAGCAGCGUACAUGCCCAGCAGCUCUACGACUUCCUGCACAAGGAGCAACAGGCAGAACCUCAACCAAAACCUGGACCUCAUGAUAAGAAGAUGAAGACAAGGGGCAAGACCUUUACUAAUAAACUACGUGGGGGCAAGAGAAAGAAGUAG